CGCCCCCUCCCCGCGCGCCGGGACCCAAUGGGCGGCGGGAACGCGCCCGAGGGGGAGGGGAGAGCGCGGCGGGUGCGCGCACGCACGGGGCAAGGCGCGGCCCCGCGACUGUGCGUGCGCGCUCCCGGCCCCCCCCCGCCUUCCCCUCUCUCUGUGUCCCUCUCUCUCCCUCUCUCUGCCGCGCUCGGCCGGCUCUGCCCCCCCUUUGUGCGCGCUCCGAGCCGCCCCCGCAUCGCCGACUCGCCAUGGCCGACGAGAAGCCCAAGGAAGGAGUGAAGACUGAAAACAAUGACCACAUUAAUCUGAAGGUGGCAGGGCAAGAUGGGUCUGUGGUGCAGUUUAAGAUUAAGAGGCACACACCACUUAGUAAACUAAUGAAAGCCUAUUGUGAACGACAGGGGUUGUCAAUGAGGCAAAUCAGAUUCCGGUUCGAUGGGCAGCCAAUUAAUGAAACAGACACACCUGCACAGUUGGAAAUGGAGGAUGAAGAUACAAUUGAUGUGUUCCAGCAGCAAACAGGAGGAGUUUACUAAAACAAACACACAAAAAAGAACCUGCUACUUUCCUCUCCAGAACUGUGCUCCCACAGGCAACACUUCACAAUUAGAAAAAUGAGACUUGGUUCAGCCACAUCCUGACUACUGCAGUAUAGUUUUCUCUCUUCUCUCUGAUUUUUUUUCUUAUUCCUUUUAUUGUACAUAAAGUAACUGGUGAUGUGCACAGACAUAAUGCAUAUUUUUUUUUUAACUAAAUGGCCAAUGGUAUGUUUUGAUCAACAUUUAAUGGAGAUGGGGUGGGAAAACAAACUGGUUCUGUGAAAAUGCCCCUCUCUCCGUUAGUGGCAUGCUCCUUCUACUUUUACAGAAUCACAGAAUAAGCCGAGUUAUCUUUAUAUUCCAGUAAGUUAUUUUGCUCUCACUGUUCAAAAACAAAAACCUUGCAUAACUUGUUUGAUUGGAUAAUUUCAAUGUUUUUCUUUUAUCAUUGUAAAACCAAGGGCAAUUUUAUAACUUUUUUGUACGUAGCUGUUACAUGUAGAGCAAUCUCUGUCUAAGUAGGGGUAAAUUACUCUUUAAAAAAAAAAAAAGGAAAAAAAAAAGUCCUAGAUAGUUUUCCCUUCAAGUAAAACGUCUUGUUGUUUAAAUAAACUUCUUGUUUAAAAUAA